AUGAACGGGCCCACCCUGCAACCUUCCUCGCCCUCCUCCUCUUCCUCAUCCUCCGCGUCCUCUGCCCCCUUGUCAUCGGCCACGGCCACGGCCGCAGCGCCCCCACCACCCCGUGGUUGGAGCGAGUUCUGUGAACUGCAUGCAGUAGCUACGGCCCGUGAGCUGGCCCGCCAGUACUGGCUCUUCGCUCGGGAUCACCCUCACCACGCGCCGUUGCGGGCCGAGCUGGUCUCUCUGCAGUUCACCGACCUCUUCCAGCGCUACUUUUGCCGCGAGGUGCGCGAAGGUCGCGUACCUGUACCCCCAGCACGGGACUACCGUGAAACCGGCCGCGGGCCCCCGGUCAAGGCCGAGACGGGCCCUAGCGAGCCAGCUGCGUGUCCCGCCGUGCCAGGCCUGCCCAAGGCGCGCAGUUCCGAGGAACUGGCCCCUCCGCGGCCGCCAGGGUCCUGUGCGCUCCAGCACCUGCGCCGAAGUCUGUGCCACUUCUUCCGCCGCCGCUCGGCCGGAGAGCUGCCUGGAGUCCCCGGAGCCUGUGCCACUGGCGAGGCGGGCGAGGCCCCAGCCCGACCCAUCCUCUCCAGGAAGCUCCUGCCUUGGAGCUUGGCCAGGGAGCCUCCAGCCGAGGCUGUCAGGGACGCAGUGCUGCGCUAUAGCUUGGCUGAUGAGGUCUCCAUGGAUAGUGGGGUGCGUUGGCAGCGUGGACGGCUGGCCCUACGCCGCGCCUGCGGCCCGGACGGCACCCCUGAGUCUGUGCUGGAGCUCUUCGACCCGCCCAAGAGCUCGAAGCCCAAACUGCAGGCGGCCUGCUCCAGCAUCCAGGAGAUCCGGCGCUGCACCCGCCUGGAGAUGCCCGACAACCUCUACACCUUUGUGCUCAAGGUGAAGGACCGCACAGAUGUCAUAUUUGAGGUGGGAGACGAGCAGCAGCUGGACACCUGGAUGGCCGAGCUCCGGGAGUGCACUGGCCGAGGGCUAGACAGUGAUGCUGAGUCGCCUGCGUCCUCAGCCCUAGAGCCAGGCCCAGGCCGCUCCCCUGGGGGAAGCACGGACUCCCUUCACCAAGCUGCUUCUCCUGGGGGGUCUCUAGACCCUGCCUGCCAGAAAACAGACCACUUCCUGUCCUGUUACCCUUGGUUCCACGGCCCCAUCUCGCGCGUGAAGGCUGCCCAGCUGGUUCAACUGCAGGGCCCUGCAGCUCACGGUGUGUUCCUGGUGCGGCAGAGCGAGACGCGGCGCGGCGAGUACGUGCUCACCUUCAACUUCCAGGGCAUUGCCAAGCACCUGCGCCUGUCACUGAGCCAGCGGGGCCAGUGCCGCGUGCAGCACCUGCGCUUCCCCUCCGUGCUGCACAUGCUGCAGCACUUCCAGCGCUCGCCCAUCCCACUGGAGUGUGGUGCCGCCUGUGACGUCCGUCUGUCCAGCUACGUGGUCGUCGUCUCCCAGUCUCCAGGUCCCUGCAAUGCUGUCCUGUUCCCCUUCUCCCUGCCUCGAUGGGACUCGGAGCCUGGCCUUCUCCACCUCGGCUUGCCUGCCUGUCCCCGGGGGCUGGGCCCCGAAGCGCCCUCUGGCCGCUCCUCGCCCCCAGAGCAGAUCUUCCACCGGGUGCCUUCGCCCGAGGAGCUGGCCGAUAGCCUGCGGCUCCUGGAGACUGGGCCCGAGGCACGGUCCCGGGACUCGGACUAUGAACUGGAUGCGUCCUCACGGAGACACUUGCGGGCCAUCGACAAUCAGUAUACACCCCUCUGA